UCCAAAAUUUCCAGCCAACUGCUGGAGCUGACUUCCGCAAUCCUGAUAGAAUAAAUCUAGCACCCUGCUCAUCCUGUCCGCAGUAUCCACACUUGUCUGCCGAAACGAGCCCUGAGGACAGCUUGCAAUCAGGAUGUGGACGCUCAAGGCCCUAGUACUGCUGCUGGUGCUAAGCGUGGCUCUGUCCUCGGAGGAGAGACUGGACACACAGUGGGAGCUGUGGAAGAAGACCCACAGGAAGCAGUAUAACAGCAAGGUGGAUGAAAUCGCUCGACGUUUGAUUUGGGAAAGAAACCUGAAGCAUAUUUCCAACCAUAACCUGGAGGCAUCUCUUGGUAUCCACACCUACGAACUGGCGAUGAACCACUUGGGGGAUAUGACCAGUGAAGAGGUGGUUCAGAAGAUGACUGGACUCAGAGUCCCUUACUCGCGUUCCCGCAGUAAUGACACCCUCUAUGUCCCCGACUGGGAAGGCAGAACCCCUGACUCCGUUGACUACCGGAAGAAGGGCUAUGUCACUCCCGUCAAGAACCAGGGUCAGUGUGGAUCCUGUUGGGCUUUUAGCUCUGUGGGUGCCCUUGAGGGCCAACUCAAGAAGAAAACAGGCAAACUCUUAAACCUGAGCCCCCAGAACCUGGUGGAUUGUGUCUCUGAGAACGAUGGCUGCGGUGGGGGCUACAUGACCAACGCUUUCCAGUACGUCCAGGAGAACCGGGGCAUUGACUCUGAGGAUGCCUACCCCUACGUGGGACAGGACGAAAGUUGUAUGUACAACCCAACAGGCAAGGCGGCUAAAUGCAGAGGGUACCGAGAGAUCCCUGAAGGGAAUGAGAAAGCCCUGAAGAGGGCAGUGGCCCGAGUCGGACCCAUUUCGGUGGCCAUUGAUGCGAGCCUGACCUCAUUCCAGUUCUACAGCAAAGGCGUGUACUACGAUGAAAACUGCAAUAGUGACAACCUGAAUCAUGCGGUGCUGGCGGUCGGGUACGGAAUCCAGAAGGGGAUCAAGCACUGGAUAAUUAAGAACAGCUGGGGAGAAAACUGGGGCAACAAAGGCUACAUCCUCAUGGCUCGGAAUAAGAACAACACCUGUGGCAUUGCCAGCCUGGCCAGCUUCCCCAAGAUGUGACCGCAGCCAGCAGAGCCCAUCGCACCCGCCCUCCUUGCCCCUGGUGCUGGUUGUGGGAGUAUUUUGAGAGGGAACCAUUGUGCCUCUGUCGAAGGCUCUGCAGUGCUUGAGAUCAUUCUGCUUCCCAGUGUGUGAAUAUUCCCCAGAAUAUUCCUACUGUUUCCCCUCCCCCACAGGGCCUUCCCGGGUGCCUAGGCAGGCUCUUCCCUUAAGCUGGGCAUGCUGAGGCCACCGCUCCCGACUGUGCUGUCGUGGCAUGGAUGUGCUGCUGUGUGUCGCGUGGGGCUGUCUUCCAUCCUGGACCAGCUUCCGUGGUUCACGUGUUGUGUUGGUUCACACCAACACAAGCUGACCUCUCAGUCUUCUGCAGCUUCCGUGGAGAAAUGUUGGUGUUUCUACCCCAGAUCCUAAGUUUAUUCCUUAAUCUUUGAUGAAGAAAUGUUUUCUUUUCCUUUCUUGGCAUUUUAAAGUAAAUCAAGUAUUUACCUGUUGCCUAUAAUUUAAUAAGUGACUAGUAAGCAUUUAUUUUUGUGCCAGAUAUUAUACUCUGUUCUGGAGACAAAAGGAGAUGAAUAAAACAUUCCCUGUUCUUGA